AAAAACGAACUGUGUGUCAUUUAGAUGGCGACAAAGGAACCGGAUCAUUUACUCUCAGGAAUCCGUAACAGGACAGGGAAAGUGAUUUUGGAAUACGUUUUCCUGAAUCACACAAGAUGUGAUAUCUUGGACCAAACGCGAGUGGUGGAUUCCGAGCCGCGGUGUGUGGGCGACUGUCCUAUUUGGAAUAUAAACCUGUGGAAUAAUGCAGAACAAAAGGACUCCCAGGAAAUGAUUUUGAAACCAGUGGCUAUGUUUGAAAAUCCGUUUUUUCAUAGCCCACACAAACUUGUAAUGUGUGACGUAUGGGUGUCCAUGGAAACCCCUUCAGAUUUCAAUACUAGAGUUGGAUGCACAAAAACCAUGAAUCGUCUGGAUUUUGAUCCAGUCACGGGUUAUCGCCCGGAAAAGGCCCGCGAACCUUGGUUUGGCAUCGAGCAGGAAUAUUAUGUCAUUAAUGAUGAAGGCAUUCCAUGCAGUUACGAUCCUGAAAAAUUCAAUUACGAUACAUUAGUCAUGUACAAUCAUGUUGGCCAUCCACACAACAAAAACGUCGGCUUGGAAAGAGAACUAUCCAGCAGCCACUUUCUGGCUUGUCUAUACGCUGGUGUCAAAAUAGGAGGCCGCAACAGGGAGAACGGGCCAUCCCAGUGGGAAUAUCAAAUAGGUCCUUGCGAGGGCGUGGCUAUCGGGGAUCACCUGUAUAUGUCGAGGUAUAUACUGCACAGAUUGGCGGAGACGUUCGGGGUACGAGUGAGCUUUAGACCCGCCCCACUCCCAGGGGUAAGGACGAUUGCGGGUGGACAUCUCAACUUCAGUACAGUCCAAAUGAGAGAGGAAGGGGGCACAAGGUACAUCAUGCAUGCAAUCGAGAUAUUAUCUAAAUCGCAUCAACAGGAAUUGUUCAAAUGUUAUGACCCUUCGCCCGACUCGGAAAACACAAAGAGAAUGGAAAGCCAAAACACUGAGCACUGGAUUCCAAAGGUUGAUGAAUUCACGUUUGGUGUAGGAUUGAAAAGAUCAACGACAGUCAGAAUUCCUAAACUGGUCGACAUGGAUGGCCGUGGGUAUUUUGAAGACAGGCGACCUGGGUCCAAUAUGGACCCGUACGCCGCAGCAGAUGUACUAGUUCGGGCUUGUAUACUUGGAGAUUUCCUAAAACCGGGGUUUGAAUAUUUAAAAAAUCUCUGUCUACCUGAUUAAUGGUUGUUUCGCUCUUUAUCUCUUUUAUUGUUGUAUGGAAAAUUAUGAAAAUUAUAUCCAAGGAGGGUCCAAAGUUAUCAACAUUUAGUGAUGUAGAUGCAUAUUUAUCCAGAGGAGCUACGGAUGUGUCUGUUUUUCUGUUAAACAGCAAACUGGCAUUUAAACCGUGGCUCAUCUAUAUCUUUUAGGAUAUCUUACAUUCACAAACAUUUAAGCUACCAUGAUUGUUUUUUUUAAUUCAUUGUUUGUGACUCUAUUUAUCAGUCAUCCUGUAAUGCAGCAACUGCACGUCAAAUGUCAUAAAAGAUGAAUAAUAUUUACGCUGGUUGUGUGUUUUGUUACCUUUAAUAAUUAAACAAAUCGUAGAUAUCGUAAUAAAAUCGAUUAAAAAGAUACUAAUACUUGUUUCAUUGCUAUA